AUGGCAGCCACUGAAGAAAUCACUAUCUCUCAAGCUCAAGCACCAUUCGAUGAUCAUAAUUGUGAUAUUAUCCUUCGUUCGGCCGAUGGCGUCGAUUUCCAUGUCUAUAAGCUCAUCCUUUCACUCAUGUCACCCGUAUUCAAAGACAUGUUCUCGCUACCGCAGCCUGAGAGUGAAUCGCAGUCAGAUGUUUCGUCCGUACCUAUCAUCAAUGUGAUUGAGGGUAGCACGACCCUCGAAUCCCUUCUUUUACUCUGCUAUCCUGCCGCCACCCCCACCUUCCGCAGCUUGGAUGAUGCAAAGGUUGUGAUGAAAGCAGCUAGCAAGUAUGACAUGCAAGCGGCCCUCAGCCGUGCAGGAGACCUCGCCAUGGCCCAGUUUUUCCCAAAUAACUUUCUCGAGUUAUACGCUCUUUCUUGUCAAUUCGGAUGGCAGCAUCAUGCUCAAACUGCUGCUACUCGUGCUCUUAAAAUCAAGGAUCUAGGACGACCCAGCAAUGGGUUUCAUGGUUUGCAGGAUAUCAGUGGUGCAGAUUACCACAGGCUCCUCGCAUACCAUUAUCAAUGCGGCAUCAUCGCUCAAAAGGUCAGGAGUUCUAUUUCCUGGCUAGAGUCAUCAUAUAUGGCAAUACGGAAUGGCAGAUGCACAUGUCACCAGAUUCCUUCAGCAAGUUUUUUUGUUGCCUCCUGGUUCCAUGAAUAUCUGGUUUCCAGUGGGAAGGAGUUGUUGGCAAGACCUUGCAAGUCAACCUUACUAUUGGAGCUGUCACAUUACACUCGCGCUAUUAUCAAAGCGACUGAGUGCACCGAAUGCCAAAAAACUGUCGUCGAGAAUAUGAACAGAUUUCACACCUCAUAUAUCGCACAAGUUAAGAAGGUGGUCGCGACUGUGAGAUUGGAGGCUUGGGAUUAA